GCCUCCUCAUUACAUUACCGGUGUUCUAACGGCAAUGACUCGUACGCAGUGAAGUGACCCUCUUCCUGUAACCCUAGUUGUUUCUCUCUCCCUCAUGGCUUCCCAAUUUCUUCUUCAGGCUCUGUUUGCCCCCAAGCUUGGUUUCUCUUCUUCUCUUGUGUCUUCAUGUUCAGCCUCCAUGCUCGGUUCUCGUAACGUGCCGUUGAUUUCCAUUUUUUCCUCGACCUCAAUUUCAUGGCGGUGCAGUCCUCUUAUUGCUAAGCCUGCUUUUGUUGUGCGAGCUGACUCCAACCCUGAAGGUGGUGGUGAAGCCACCGAAGAUGUCGCUUCCGAUGAUGUUGUUGAAGUUCCGGAAGCUGAAGCUGAAUCAGAAUCAGAACAAGUUUCGGAUUCUGAUCCUGGCUUGGACCCAUCGAAGCCAGCCAGAAAACCCCGAGUCAAGCUUGGAGACAUUAUGGGGAUAUUGAAUCAGAGGGCAAUUGAGGCAUCGGAGAAGCAGAGGCCGACUCCGGCCAUUAGAACUGGAGAUGUUGUGGAAAUCAAAUUGGAGGUCCCUGAGAACAAGCGUAGGUUGUCCAUUUAUAAAGGUAUUGUCAUCUCAAGACAAAAUGCUGGUAUUCAUACAACUAUUCGAAUCCGAAGAAUUAUUGCUGGCGUGGGGGUUGAGAUAGUCUUCCCAAUUUACUCCCCAAACAUCAAAGAAAUCAAAGUGGUAAGCCACCGUAAAGUUAGGAGGGCAAGAUUGUACUAUCUAAGAGACAAGCUUCCCAGAUUCUCCACUUUCAAAUGAUAAGGUUACUCACUUUUCAUCACUUUCAUCUUCGAAGUAGUCUACUGAUCCGGAAGGAGCGAUUGGCGUAAUUUGAUUAUUUUGAUUUGGUGUGUUGUAGAAUAUAUCAUUUUUCUUCACCUUAAUCUAUCCUCCAAGAAAUGGAAACAAAUGUAGUUGCCGUUGAUAAUAUUGAGAAAUUUGAAGUGUUUCUUCUGCAUGCUUAUUAUCCGGUAGAAAGCCAAGCUCUGAAGAAAACUUUACUACAUAGUAAAUACAAAGGGAUUAAAAUCUGCGUCACAUGAUGUAAUAAUCAUGUUCUUAAUUUCUACAGUUAUUUGUUGUGUGUGUAUGUCUGAAAGAAAUAUGCUUGCAUGGGCACUCUAC